UGUGUUUCUCGCUGGUGGUCUCGUUGAUUGAACCGCAGCCUAAGGAUUGUGUGUGUGUGUGUGUGUCUGUGAACCUAUACGUGUCUGUGUGUAUCGCGUCUGUGUGGGUGUGUACCGCACAUGUGUGUGUGUGCGUGCGUGUGGACAUCCCAAAACAGGGUUUCCAUGGAACUCCUCGAUGACUCCCGUACGACCAUGCAGGGCUUGAAUGCCCGCCUGAAGGGCUUUUUGGAGCAGGUAAACCGCCUGGAGGUGUCCAACCAGCGCCUGGAGAGCCAGAUAGUGGACUGGAGCAACAAGAAUAUCCCCCAGCCACGAGACCUGUCCAAGCAAGAGAGGACUAUUAACGAGCUUCGUGCCCAGGAGAUGGAGGAGAGGCAGACCGAGCGUCUGGAACAGCAGGUGGGCCAGCUGAGGGAGACCAAGAGGAGGGCAGAGCGUGGCAACAUCACGCUGGAGGUGGAGCUUCGCAGCUCCAUGUCUGAGCUUCAGCAGAUGCAGAAGGACUUUGCGGAGGCUGAGACACAGCGGAGAGGGGAGGAGGAGGAGGAUGGCACAGGGAUGGAGCUCUCCCAGCUCCUCGACCGAAUCAGCACGCAGUGCGACCGUCUCAGCCCAGGCAACGUACACCCAAGCCUGGACGCCCCGUCGAAUCCGGGCCCAGGCUUUGCCGGGCCUAGCCGGGCCAGAGGCGCAUCGGCAGCUCUCGCAAACGGAGGAGUUCUCGCACAGGAGGAGGCAGCAUGGGCCCAGGUGAACCUGGGUGGGGCCGCCCUGAAGGAGGCUCGGGCCGAGCUGGCGGAGGCCAGGAAACAGUGGCACAGCCUCCAGGUGGAGAUUGAGACCCUACAUGCCCUUGAGAAAGGCCUUGAGAGCUCCCUCCACCACACCCAGCGCCAGUACUCCACCCAGCUGCACGACCUGUCCCGGACCGUCGCCGGGCUGGAGGGGGAGCUCCACGAGGUGCGCGACGGCCUGGUCGCCCAGCGCGAGCGGCACAGCCAGCUGCUGAACACCAAGAUGAGGCUGGAGCGGGAGAUCGCCACCUACAGGCGCCUGCUGGAGCGUGAAGAGGGCAGGUACUUGGGCCGUAACGGCCAGGUGAUGACUCUCCGGCCCUGGAAGGGCUCCUUGGGGCCCUUGGGGGAACCCAAGGAGAACGGGCUGGAGAACGGUUUCAGCGACCCGGCAGUGACCCCUGACGAGCCCAAGUCGGAGCCCCUGCCUGACAUCCCUUCGUUGCUGGCUGAGAUCGGCAUGAAGGGUCAUGCUGUCCUUCGCCGGCAGCAGAGUCUGGUCAUCCUCACAGAACCUGAGACGGACAACGAGCUGAGGAUCGCCACGGUGAAGACCCAGGAGAUCCUCCAGGGCAAAGUGGUGCGUGAAAGUGCAGAAUGCCACGGCACAGUGGAGACCGAGAAGAUUGACAAGGUGAUCAAGCAAUGGGAGGGUUCAUUCUUCCAGGGAAACCCCAAGCUGAGGAAGAAGUCGGUGUCGCUGCGCUUCGACCUGCACAUGGCGGCGGCCGACGAGGGCUGCGCCCAGACCAAGCAGGACAGCCUGCCCGACGUGGAGGUGCGUCUGGUCAUGAAGCGAUCUCGCAGCAUCCCCACCAUCACCCAGUGACCCCAGCAUGGCCGCCGCGAUCCGUGACAUCACGGUAAUGACAGUAGUUAAGGUUGACCGGCCAGGAUACACUGGCGUCGUUGUUGACGUAAUGUUGCAGUAAUAAGAGAGUGGUAUCCUUGUGGUGGUCACAACUAUCAAGACUGACAUUGGCAUCAACGGAUUACCAUGACAUUGUCACGCUAAUCACAAGAUUUGAGAUCACCAGAGGGGAAAAAGCCAAUCCAUUGGCUUGUGGUACUGUAUCGCCAUGACAACCCAGUAUCCAUAGUUGUUUCAAUACCCAAAUCACGACAGUAACAUCAGCAUUCUUGUCUGACUAUUUAGCAAAACACAUCACUUAGCUACCUCAUUUCGGUAGCAUCGUCUUAACCAGCUCAGUAAACAAUGGAGGGCCACACUAAUCAGAGAUCACGUGGGACCAUCCCUUCAUUCCACUCAUGGUCAGUCGCAUUAUAAGAAUAUCACAAGUUAAAUAUCAAAUUUUCAAAUUCUACCUGCAGAGUGCAUUAGGGCAUAGUUAUAAGAGAUUUACACAAGCUAUAUCUGUCUUCAUACAAAGCCACAUCAUAAAAUUCAAUACCACUUAAUGUAACAGUUCACACAUAAAAUAAGAAGUAAAAAACGUAAAUAAUGAUAUAUCACAGACCGACAUUCUAGUGUGGACUGUAUAUUCAAGGCUGGAUAUUUCUUGUCUGUGAGAAUUGGUUGAUGGGUUUGCUAUGCAUGGACUCCUGAAGAGAUCCAGAACUGGAAGAUUUGGUGAUGUGAAAAAAAUGUUGCUUUCUUUAACAUUGCUCCGACUCCACUUGCUAAAUCUGCUAACGUGGACACAAACCAUAGCAAUUAAAACAGAACAUGUACAGUACAUAAUGCAAUUUAUAUCCUUUGAACUGCUCACUGUGUGACUCAAAUUGCAGUGAGGCUACUAGCCUCACUUACUUUGAAGAAUUCCCAGAUGUAGCCAGAAGGGCGCAGUAUUUGUAAAUAGUUACACAACAGUAUCAAGAAUGCUUAACUUUGGGGUUGUGGUGUAUUUAACAAAGUAUAUAACUAUAUGACUGGUUACACGAGUAAACAAUAUAAAUAAUUUUUGCUACCUUUUUUGAUUUAGCACCAGAGAUAUGAAGAGAAAGAAACCAUUUUGCAUUGCAAUUGGGUGCCUCUGAUGUAAAAAAAAAAUAAAAGUUUAAAAAUCGGAAUAAUCUAUGCAGUUCUUCAUAAUGCUUGAUUUGCUCUGCUUGGUGGAGUACUUGAUCUAUGUUCUCUUGUUUCUGGGAUCCUCUUUCACUUUAGAAUGAAGCAUUGUGCUUUUAUUGAACAAAUUAAUCCUUUAAAUAAAAAGACCACAAACGCU